UAGUGAGAACAACGACGACGACGGGAGCAGCAGCAGCAACAACAACAACAAGAGCCACGACAACAAUAACGACACCGACAGCGGCCCCAGUCGCGACUACGGCUCAGACGGAUAGUGAGAAAGGCGAAUAUUGUAACGACGCACGAAGCUUAACGAAGCCAGCGGCUUCAGUCCUCCUCAACUCGCCUCAUCGUUCAACCAACAUCAGCCCAGCGAACAGCGACCCAACAGCCAACAACAACCCCCGAGCCAACACAAAACAAGUGCAAGCGGCGCGGCGCGGCACAGCGCGGGAAGCUCGUAGUGUGUCGCUGAUAGUGAGGUUCGCGAAGCUAGCGAGUUGGACAGACAAGCAGACAAUGAGCCAGGAAUACCCCCGAAGUGCGAUCUACUGCCAUUGAAUAGCAAUACUGGCGGUGAUGCUGGUCGUGCACAUUGAAACAAUGGUGCUUGGAGCUAACGGCAGCAGCGGGGGCUGCCACACGAGAUAGGUGCGAUCGCCAAUGGAAUAAUACAAGUGGACGUGGACAGACGAAAAGAAUAGAAGUGUUUGAUAAAAGUGUAUAUCCGCGUGAAAGAAAAUACGGUUACGGAGCCUAGUCUCCGACGAAUAAAAAUGGUAGCUUAAAGUUGAUUGAAGUCUUAGUUGGAUUUGGUUACCUGUCGCCUUUAAUACCUGAAAACUUGAAGCAUUGUGGAUGCACGACAUUUCGUGGCUUAAUAGCUGACGAUACAAUGUAGAACUGUCGUUAAUUGGAAAUUAGUCGCUGAGUAGACGGCGGGUAAAAUCAGUUAGACAAGGGUAAUUCACAGAUUGUAGUUCGUUUUCGGCUGGAAGUAUCAUACAUCAUCGUGAAGAAGUUCGAGAAAAAUAUUCAUCUUGCCAUAGGUCUGGAACCGCAACACGAUAUUGCCAGGAUCAAUGUGUGUGUAUUAAAGUGUGUUGAGGUAAAGGAAAUGAGCGACAAAAGAACACAACGAUAAACUCUUAGUGUUUGAAAUUGUAAAUUGCUAUGAACCGACAGUCUACCUGGAUUUACUUUUUGUUCUACUUAAACUCCUAUCUUGUGUGCGAUAAUAUACAAAAUGCAUGUGAGAAUUUUUAGCAUGAAACAUUUUAAAUGCCGCUAAGAGCUUGACGAUAAAACAAGCCAUCGCAACGAGUCAUAGCCCGCGUUAUAAUCCAAACACUAGCGGUCUCGAAGCCCAUCGUGCACUUCUGCUAUUAUAUUACUGCUUCCCGUUAUUUUAGCCCAUGUUGGGUUCGUGUUUGUACGGUGAACAUUGCCGUUAUUGCCUUUUUAACCUGCUGACGCCAGGCUCGACAUUGCGGCUUUGUUUCACUUCCAAAAGGAAGUUUGUUUCUUUCAAACCUAGAACUGAAGCAGUAUCUUUGAUCUAUUUAGCCUCACUCUUUUCAACAAAAGAGGACUCGUUCACAAAUCUCUCUCUAGCAAGCGGGCCGUCCCCAUGCAGGGUGGGGUUGUCCUGUGUUGCUGACCGCAGGCGGCUGGCCGUUACCCGGCCUCCGACUUAGCUGGCGAAAGCAAAAGUGUAGGUGUCAGUAGCUAGCCGAUAGCUGCUUGCCAUGCAUCGUCUUGGCACUCCCAUGGAUCUGCCACCUUUACCGCCCCUACAGCCUAUAUCCACUAUCUCAAACAACAACAACAACAACAACAAUAGUAGUAACAACAACAACAACAAUAACAGCUUAAUGUCGGCGUCGUCGAUAGCCGUAUCGCUUCAGCCUGGGGGUGGCCUGCACCCUAUGGGGGUAGGUCCUGGAUCCGGCAUAACUUUGCCCCCACUGACUAGCGGCGGGCAGCAACUUCAACAGACUGUUGCGCCUAGCACUGACAUGGCCACCACCACUUUACUCUCAGGAUUCUUCAACGAGUAUGUUACGGCACCCACGGGUCCACCAAGUUCGACCAGUUCGGGACCACAAAAUGCGAGCUAUAAUGACUUCGGACCGUUAUCCAAAACUACGUAUUGCGUAUCCAGCGGUGAAUACUUCGAUCCCGUUGCCGGACCAAGCGAGCCGUGGAACGGCCCGCGGACGACGGUACCUACCAAGUACUACAGUGGCGUCAGCAAUUUACCGCCGCCGCCGCCCCUGCACCACGAGCCUUCAGCACCUCCGUCUUUGCAAAUCGCUCCACAGCAUAGUCAGGGACUCAACCAACAGCAAUCACCACAGCAUCAACAGCAGACGCAACAGCAGACCUCACAGUUGACGGGGGUUAUGGGCACAGGUGUGGGCGCUCCACAACAACAUUUUUCGACAUUACCGCCGAUGUCAAGCUUCGUGAGUGAUUACUCAACGCCGCCACCGCCACCACCCGCUACAACGAUGGGAGGUGUUGGGGUUGGGGGAGUCGCUGGGAUUGGGUCUGGCCUGAACGGAGAACAACAACAAGUACAACAACUUUCAACUAGUACGACGCUAGCGGCGGAUCCGAUUUCUGCCAGUGUCGCUCUAGCAAACAAACUCUAUGGUGAUUAUGGACCCUCACCGGUUGCGAGCUCGUCGCCCCCCCAGAGCUGGUCGCAGCCAGCACCGCCGGCGCAGGCCUCACCACAACAACAACAGGGCUCCCAGCAGCAUCAACAAGGCCCGCCUACCUCUCAGCAACAACAACAGGAUCAGCGGUUACAGUUAUCUUACACGACAGCAGCUCAUCAAGGAGGCGGUGGUGACUUAAUAUCGAGUCACAGUGUUGGCGUCAUGGAGGAGAGGUUGGACGAUGCAGUGAACAUCUUACGCGUCCACGCCGAAGCGGCUAGUCCAUCAAAUGCGGUUCCACCGACACCGCAGUACCCUCUCAGUCCAGGUUAUGGUCAGGCGGGAAGUCCUGCCGAGCUCAAGAUGAACUCAUACCCAAACCCUCCGCCUCCGUUGAAAGUUGAGGUAAAGGACGAAUCGGCGAAAAGGUCAAAGACUUCAAGUCCCGCGGUGGCACCAUCGAGAUCACCGACACUUGUUGCUAAAUCGGCGAAACGCAAUCAACGACCAGCGCCCUACAGCGGGAAGCCUCUCACCGCAGCCGCGUUGGCCAACCCGGCAUGGCCCGGCGCGGCCGUUAAUCAGGUUACGCACGGUAAUCCAGCCCUACCAUUGCCAGGACCAGCGCCCGCAAUGGGUCUUGGCGGGGGUUCAAAUUCGGCCGACGCCUUCUCAGUAUCCGACGAUGGAGCAGAUGACGAUCCCGAAACAAAAGCAGAACGAGAACGCGAGAGGCGACAAGCGAACAACGCACGCGAACGCAUCCGCGUUCGAGAUAUCAACGGCGCUUUCAAGGAACUCGGAAGGAUGUGCCAGAUACAUUUGAAAACAGACAAGGCCCAGACCAAGCUUGGAAUAUUGCACCAGGCGGUACAGGUGAUCACGACGCUCGAGCAGCAGGUGCGCGAACGCAAUCUCAACCCGAAAGUGGCCUGCUUAAAGCGUCGCGAGGACGACAGGAGUCACGACGAACUUCCACGCCCACAGCAGGAACAGCAACAGCAAUUGGCGGCUGCAUUGCAGGGCGCGGGACCAGGAGUAGCUCUUCACCAAAGCGGCGUUCAGCUGGACACGACCGGCCAGGCGAGUCCUGGAGGACCCCACAGUGGCGGAGGACCUCCAGCAUCUUGGCUUGACUACGGUCCACCUUCCGGUAGUGAUAAACUGCCAAUGGGCCCAAUUCCUUCUCACCUGCCCCAUGGAGCACAUGAUCCUACAGAUGGCGCCGUCUAGGCUGCUCGGUAGUGAACUACUACCGGAGCUGCUGAAGUUGCCAAGACAGCGAAUCUGUUUGCAACGGAAAGGAUCAACCUUGUCCGAGGUCAGUCGAGAUCUCAAAAUGAGAUGUAAAUGAGCAUCAAAUAUUGCGUGUUGGCCACAGUUAUCCAGAUUGCAGAAAACCGUGAGUACACAAUUUUCUUCCUGUUUCUCGCUUCUCUAUAGAAGACAUGGUGGUUUGAAGAAAUGGGAAGGGUAAUUGACGAAUACGGUGAAAGAAAGCGUCUGGCCUCGACCAUCAUACAUAUCCUUGCUGUGUACAAUCAUUUUGUUCGACAUGUGCGUGGUUAAACGUGGCUAAAUAACAAAUAAGCAGAAACUGUGAAUAGUUCGUGAAUAGUCCAAAGUGUACAUAACAAUAAGAUCUACAUAUAGUGAGGUGAUUAUUGCAUGUCAACGAGGAAAUGCAUCGACACAUCUGCCCGCUCCGAGUCAUCUCGACAGAUACAGUUAGUUCUACUUUGGCUACGAAAAAAGGAAUCAAUCAUUCCAACCUAAUUUUCACUUUGAGGUUGCCAAAUACAAGCUGAUGGACUAAGCGGACUUUUACACUCGACCACACUAGUCAGGACAAGCUAAAUCUGACGAAGGGAUACUGGUCAUAUAACAAGCAACUACUUGUUACAAAUCAUUUGUUUGCCGACAAGUAAACGAUGAUUCUUCGUUCGCCACGCACUCAAUCGCGCGACCACUAUUAACAAGAGAUGAUGUUCUGGCAAAUCCACUAGUUUCGACGUAAAUAGCAACGUUCCCUCAAGCUUCCCACGAGUCUACGUUCAACAAAUAUUCAUCAGCGCUUUCACAGUAAUGGGAGCCUUUUCACAUUUUAUCAGCAAGAUGUGGUAAUGACGAGUCAUACGAGACGAAGACCACUCGUAAUCAUGAGCUGGUUGAUCACGGCUAAUGGCACAAAUUCAGCAACCUGCUAUUUUUUGUCAGUGAGGAGCUGGCUCAAGAUAUUCUGUAUAUCUCACUUUGAAACAGCGAAACGCCUGUAAGGUCUUCACAAUCGAUGAGCAUAUUGAUAGAACAACAUAUAUAUAUAUAUAUAUAUAUAUAUAUAUAUAGACUGCAGGAAUUAUACAUUGUGCGCCGUGGCUGUUGCAGAUAUAAGCAAGUGCUUGCGUUAACAUUAUAUAACACUUUCGAGGCCACUUCGCGCGCUGCGUUCCGGAAGCAGGCAGUGUCCUUAUAGUAAUUCCUAAUUUGUAACUAUCUGGAGGUUCGGCUGUUAUAGCAAGCGAGCUCCGGAGUGAGGAACUAAUGUCUUCCGACAAAAUACCAGUUCUUCCAACAAAUGCUGUCUAGCGACGCGCGUCUGCCGGUUUCCGUAAGGCAUAUUAUUAUCUAGUAAUGGUCAAAACGCUGCAACACACUGCCAUAACAAGUAGAUAUCAGCUCGAUGGAUCCAUCGUUGAGAACCGAUUUCACAUUAGAAGCCUCCGUUGCUAAUGAGGCGUUAUACGGAGACAGAGUAACGGUUACUCUGUUCGACCAAAGGCUCUUGAGGAAUAAUAAUAAUAAGGAUCAUAAUGAUAAAUAAAUGGUCUGAGAAAAUUGCAAUUGUCGGCAGACUUUCAGCGUAUCAAAGCAUAUCAAAGCGUGCCUUCCAGAUAAUGACCAUCGAACAUCUUCAGUCUGCAGGAUUCCACACCUGAGCAGAGAUAGCGUAAAUGAUCAUAGUUGUAGCAUUGUCUCUAUUCGAUCACUUUUGAUGGUAGACAUUGAUUAUAGCGUUGUACCAGAUAGAGGACCAGACUCGUGCGGUGACACUACGAACGAAGUUGGCACAGCAGAAGUAAUAAAAACAACACUAAUAAUCAAUGGACCAGCGUGUCAAUCAUGCUAUCGUGCUGUAACAAGUACAACAACAACAACAACAACAACAACACUAUAAACAUACUUAUAUAUAACCUAGAUGUCGCACGGUUUUUAAAUAGCCGAUUAAUUAAUUAAUUAAUUGAUUGAUCGAUCAUGAUGAUGGUGAUUAUUAUUGGUUUAUUGAAAAUAUGUUACUCCUACUGAGGGCAUUAUUAGUACUGACAACCGCUUUGCUCAAUAUUGUUUCCAAUCCAUUGUACAAGUCACAUUGAAUAAUGUAGAAAAAUUUCAGGAGGUAACUUGCAGUGAGAUGGCGACGUAAAUAGUGCUAUCCGACAUAAUUUAAAAGCGCCAACAGCGCCACGACAAUCCUCAUGAGAAUUUUAAAUUUGAAUAUGGCGCGAAAAACUUGCCGAAUCGUACGAUCGGUAUUGAGAUGACUUCCAGCGACCACGAAUCAAUGUAUACCUCACCGAGCAGAGCUAUUGUCAAACAUAUGAUUAUUUUGCAACGAUGCGAGUUGACGUUAGCCCAAACGGAUAUACGCCAGUGAGACCAUGUUCGGCUUUGAUUCCUUCGAUGCAAUCGAACACAGUAAAUUUCCUUGCUUCUCAAAAGGGUCCUCUCUUCGGUGGACCUUUAUUCCAGUACUUUAACAGGCGCUACAAAGAUUGACACAUUAAUCUAUAGUAGGUCUGUGGCCGUUUUCUGCAUCGACUAAUAGCUGGACGGCCGGAGUGUGUGACACAUUUCCAAGGGAACUUCUCUAUUUAGCAGGCACAUUAAUACUUAAGCAGAACCACACAGGCGGGUGGCAACAAUGGCGUUACAAUUGCUCGUUUGUGCUAUACGAUCAAAUGAAAAGCGACUCAUGUUUUCACUGCGGCGCAGCUUCUUUUGACGAUUCUUGCCAUUGAAAAAAACAGCAAUCUUCGCUACCCGCCGUGCACAUAAGAUUAAUAGAAUCCUUUACGAGCUAUUCAGAGAUCAAGUUGAUACUGUGACAUCUACUAGAAUACACGACCGUUUUUUUCGCGUGGUCUGGAGUUGUUAUUAUAAUAACGAUAAUAAUAGUUAUUAUUAUUAUUAUUACUGAAGGUAUUACAGCCAAAUAGUAUUAUUAAUAUCGUAUUAUUGUCGUCAUACUAUUGUGGGGUGAGACCUGUAGGAAUGCGCUCUUUUAGAGACUACUUGAAUAGCAUUUAUUGGGGAGAGAUGAUUUUUCCCACAAUUUAUUUGAACUCGAAAAAUUGAUCUCAGAUACUUUUAAAUUAUCAUAGGUGUUUAUGGCCCAAUGAAUAAUCUACGAAAAGGCGAACAAAUGAACCAUUCAAGAGCAGACUACUUCAGCUCUAAACGACUAUUACCGAAUGCAACAAGGCUGUAGAAGAAAAUGAAUCUAUACAGGCCACACCAAAGGGAUAUUAUGAGAAGUGUUCCGUAACCCUAUAUCUAUGUUAAUGUGAUUGCAAUGCGACAGGUGACAGUUGAAUCAAUGCACAAACGAUUACACGCAGCGUGAUUAUCGAUGUCUUUUGACGCAGACAAGGGACACACAUUUCGAAACAGAAAAAUGGAAAAAAAAAAAAAAGAAAAAACUGC